CUGUCUGUCCCGGAAGUAGUUAGCUAGGUAGCGAGCAACCGAGCUAGCCGUGUGAUUCAUGUUGUGAAAAGGACGCUAAAAACCAAAAUGUCAGAUCAAACGAUAACAGUGACAGUUGCAUACGGAUCAACUAAGCACAGCAUCACGGUAACUGGCCAAGAUGAUGGCAAGGGCCCCAUUGUCAAAGACCUCGCAGAUGCUCUCACCCAAGCUACUGGAGUUCCUCAAACUUCACAGAAACUCAUCUUUAAAGGAAAAUCACUGAAGGAUGUGGAGGAGAGUCUGUCCAGCUAUGGAAUAAAAGAAGGCUGCAAACUCAUGAUGAUUGGAAAGCGGAACAGUCCUGAGGAGGAAGCUGAACUGAAGAAGCUGAAAGACAUUGAAAAAUCUGUGGAACAGACGGCUAAAAAGCUGGAGAAGGUAGACGGAGAGUUGACCGGACUCAAGAAUGGCUUCCUGGCCAAAGACCUUCAGGCAGAGGCGUUGGGUAAACUGGACCACAGAGUGAAAAUAGCAGCUGAACAGUUCAUGAAGAUCCUGGAGCAGAUAGAUGCUUUGAGUAUCCUAGACAGUUUCAAUGACUGCAAAAUUAAGAAAAAGGGACUUGUAAAGGUGGUGCAGGAUUUCCUGGCCCAGUGUGACAAGAUCGAGGCUUGUAUAUCAGACCACCUCUCAAAGAUCCAGUCAAAAAAUCUUGCCCUGGCGGAGUAGAGUCACAAAGUCUCACAUAUCAUGCUAUACGUUGCUCUGUGAGCAACUGCAAAGUGUACAAAGAGCGUCAAGUGUGGAUGUGAUUCUUGUCUAUUUAUUGUUGGAUUGAUGUGUAUGAGAGAGCCCUCAUCACAGAGAAUCCUGUGAAGGAGGCUGGUUAUUGGCGCUGUUGCUACGUACAUCUGGGAUACGUUCUCUGGGUUAAAGAGAUAUAAGGGGGUGCUCCUCAAGAUAUUGGAACCACAGUCACUCUGUGAAAAGAUCAGAUAAUUGUGAACUGCCAUGACCAAAUGUCAAAUUAUCCACGAUGAUGUCCAAAAAUGGUUGCUAAAAUUCACCAGUUCAUCACCCAGUAUCACAAACUGUACAAUUACUCAUUGUGAUGUACCAACUGUGCAGUGUGGCAUGUUGUACACAUAUGGCCAAAAGUAUGUGGACAUUAAAAAGAAUGAAUCCACCAUGCUAACAGCUUCCACUCUUCUGGGAAGGCUUUUUUUCACAGAAUUGUGGAACCUGGAUUGAGGAAAGUUUCCCUAUUGUCUAAUAUACCAUUUAUUGGAACUAAGGGGCCAACCCCAAACUAGAGCUGAAACCAUUUGUUGAUAGAAAAGCAAUCCGCAACUAUUUUGAUAAUCAUUUAAUGGUUUGUCAUGUGAAAAUGCAAAAUAUUCUCUAACUCCAGCUUCUCACUUGCUGCUUUUCUUUAUCAUAUGUAAUAGUAAUCUGAAUAUUGUGGGCUUUUAGACCCAUAAUCAAUUUGAUGGCAUCAGGAAAAUGUGAUGGCAUUUUCACAACAUUUUAUAGACCAAAGAAUAAAUACAUGUUACUUGCAACCCUAGCCCACACCAUUUAAAAUAGACCAAGAAUUACACAAUGCUGUCCACAAACCUUUGGCCAUGUGUAUAUUUAUUAUUCUACAUUGAGAGUCGGCACUGAGCCAGCACCUUUUGUUUAAUCCAGUGACUGAUCCCGUGUAAUUAUGUAUCUUUGAAAUUAGUGUGAACUGUGGAAUUGUUUAAGCUUUAAACCAUCCCUUAAGACUUACACAUCACAUCUAUUUUCCUUUGUUUUAAAAUAAAAACUUUGAAAAUGAA